AUGAUAUUGGAGGUAUCUUUCGCAGCGGUGUCUGGCUUCAGCGUCUGGGAUAGCGCCACCAUCCUUGUUUAUGCUAUUCUGGCAGCUCUGUCCAUCUGGAGCUUGACAACGUAUCUCUUCUCCCCCCUGCGCCAGUUUCCUGGCCCCUUCCUCGCAGGAUGGACGAACUUGUGGCGGAUGUUUCAUGUGCGGCAGGGGAACUAUCAAAUGGUGGUCCAAGAGCUACACAAAAAGUACGGUCCAGUGGUGCGUAUAGCACCCAACGUGUUAGACCUGGAUAUCCCCGAGUUGAUCAGAACAAUCUACAACACCAAAGCGGAUUAUUUGAAGACCGAGUUUUAUCAUGGCAGUAGCGCCAAAGCCAAUGGCAAGAUAAUCUAUAACAUCUUCAGCGAAUGCAAACCUGAGGCCCAUGCGCGGCAGAAGCGACCCAUCUCUAAACAUUAUUCCAUGAGCGGAGUGCUUCCAUUGGAGCCUCAUAUCGAUGAAAUGACCCAGUACCUCUGUCAACGCCUGGAGGAGAACUUCAUCCAUGAACCUAGCGCUACCAAAGCAUGCGAUCUGGGCAAAUGGAUUGCGCUCUAUACUUGGGAUGUGGUCGGUAAGACUACAUUCAGCCAGCCUAUUGGAUACCUAGAGAAGGGCUAUGACUUUGACAACACCCUGAGCACCGCAAAUACUGCCAUGGACUACUUUUCCAUAGUGGGUCAAAUGCCGAUCUUGGAUCACCUGUUAGACAAGAACCCUGUUUACCGGAUCGGGCCGCCGUCCUUCGGCACUAUUACCAACAUAUCGAUUCAGCACCUAGUGGACCGACUCCAGGGCAAAGACGCCGGCCAUCAUGACCCAGGCAAACCGGACUUCCUCGACAAGUUCAUCGAGGCUAAGGGAAAGUUCCCGGACAUUGUAAAUGAAAUGCAAAUCAUCUCGUACCUGAUGAUCAACAUGAUUGCAGGAGCCGAUACAACAAGUAUCACGAUCAACGCGGCUCUGUACUUCUCCUUAAAGCACGCAAGCGUCUGGGAGCGCCUCAGAGCCGAGAUCCCAGCUCACAACCACAUGUCUGGGACACCCGUGGUGUCCUACAAAUCGGCAAAAGAGUUCCCAUACCUGGAUGCUGUGGUACGCGAGGCAAUGAGAUACCAUCCAGCGGUCGCAAUGCUCCUCGAACGUUACGUACCGGAGGAUGGACUUACCCUCCCUGAUGGGCGUUACGUCCCAGCGGGCUGCAUAGUCGGCAUGAAUCCCUACGUUGUCGGCCGCAAUAGGUCUGUCUGGGGUGAGGAUGCCGAUAUAUUCCGUCCGGAGCGAUGGAUCCGCGAUGAGACUCAGGAGACUGAACAUGAGUUUCAGCAACGUCUGCGUCUGAUGAACGACGCUGACCUAACCUUUGGGGGUGGGAGUCGUGUCUGUAUCGGGAAGCAUCUGGGCCUGCUGGAGGUGUACAAGGUGCUUGCGACUCUUGUUUCGCGCUACGAUAUCAAGCUGGUCCAUCCAGAUCGGGAUUGGGUGACCCACAACAGCUUUUUCGUUCGACAGACUGGUAUCGAGGUGAGGUUGUCGCGUCGGACCUAG